GCACACAGCGCUUCUCUCCGGGCAGUAGCAGUGCUGCGGUGUUUAACACGCAGGUCGAAAACGACGCUGUCCACAAACAAGUCCUCAGUCCAGCCGGCACAACAUCCCCUGCGGUCGGAUUGGGUUACGGAUGGUGAAUUACUCUGUGGAGCUGCUGCUGAAUAGUUAUUGUUUUGGUUGUCAGAGGAAAGACAGGACUCUGUUUGAUUCUCAGGAGAACAUGCGCGACACCGAGGACAGCGCUUCUCUAGUGGGCUCCAGACUGCACUGCUCCAGGCAGCAGGCUCCAGGGCCUCUGUGGUGCUCCGAUGCCCCUCACCCACUAGCGAAGAUCCCGAGUGGGCGAGGGACCGGAAGGGAUCUCCCUCUCAGUGUACCUCUUCACAAGGAUGACAGGUUGACGGUGACUCGGUCGGGUGCGGUGAGUGGAAACCCCUCGAUCCUGCACUUCCAGUACAAGCUGAACGAGCGGCGUUUCUCCUGCUGGGACACGGUGCUGGCAACCAACUGCCUUUAUCUGGAGAUCCCCAGCGGUGCACUGCCGGAGGGCAGCAAAGAGGGUCUUACCAGUCUGUUGGAGUUUGCAGAGGAGAGUCUGAAAGUCAGCUAUGUGUUCCUGUGGUUCUACAAAACCAGGGAGGAUCGACUAUUGAUCACGAAGACCUUCCACUACAUGGGUUUCGAGGUUGUGAAGCCCGGUCACCCUCUGGUGCCGACCCGGCCUGACCUCUUCUUCAUGGUCUACUCCAUGGACAACAGCAGCUCUGAUGAGGAAUGAGCGCUCAACGCUCUGAAAAAUGCCCCCCCCCCCCCUCGAUUCCCAGCUAGACCUUCUCGCUCUUUCUCCAUGUCCUCCUCCACGACGUUGCCUAUUUAACCCCAUCCUCACUAUUAAAUAAAGCGGGGGCUGGAGGAGUAGGAGUAGAAACGGAGAACGAAUCCCACAGAUCGGUCGACAUCCCCGGUUAAUCGGUGCUACAUCCUGUUAGUUUGCACCAAGUCUAUACUCCUUAUAUGUGCGGGCUGCUUUAGACAGGAUAUAGUUACGAGGAGAAUCGUAUAAGGAAAAGACUUUGUUUAAUAGAUCGUAAGCCAUUCCACAUCAGGGUCAUAGUGCAGCACGGGAACGAUUUUUU